AUGGAGCUAUUUCUAGAGACCACCAAGCAUGUUUUCACGAGUCUCGCCCUCGAUGAUGCUCGAGGGCGAAUGAUCCUGACGAGCGCCUUCACCGGCGAGGUCCUCUGCGGCGAUCUGGCGGGCGUCAAGGGCGGGUUGACGGUGCUCGCGCGCACCGAUGACGCCCUCGGCGGCGUCGCGGUCGACCCUUUGAGCGGCGAUCUUUUCAUCAGCCUUUCCCUCGCGCGAUCGGUAGAGCGGAUCGCCAUGGGGGCCGCGGGGCCCCCCUUUCAGCGGAUUCCCGUCUACGCCAAUGGGUUCGAGGGGCGACGCUUCACCUCCCCGAGCGCCCUGGCGGUUUCGCCGACGACCGGGGAGCUCUUUUUCACGGAUGCCGGCGGGGAAGGGGAGUCGUCGAUCACGAAUCCGAUCGGUGCGAUCUACCGCGAACUCGGCGGGCUGCGGCAGAUCGUUUCGCUGUGCGCCUCCGGGCUGCAACAGCCCGCCGGGAUCGCGGUCGGCCCGGAUGGGUGUGUGUUUGUCUGCGAGCGGUCGGCGAAUCGUCUCCUGCGUUACGUUCCGCGGGGGAAUCAUUACGCGGAUUCGGUGUUUUAUCGUUUCAACGGCUCCUUCGGCCCCACCGCGGUUGCCGUGAGCCCGAAGGAUGGCAGCAUCUUCGUCGCGCUUUACGAACCCCAGGAGCUGCUGGAACCGCUCGACGAGCUUCCUCAGGAUGGGGCGGGGGAGGAGGAGCGGAACAAUCGCCCUGAGGGCGUCGUGGUGGUUUUGGGGCGGGAUGGCAGGGAGAAGGGGACGAUUGGGGUGCCCGGCUCCCAGCUACGGGGGGUGGCCGUCAGCAAGGAUGGCUCCACGGUUUACGUCUUACACACCGACGAGGCGAUGUGCGUUUCCAGAAUCUACCGUUGCCGUAUCGCCGAGGAGAGCGCGUGUGAGGAGAGAGAAGAGGGAGAAGAGGGGGUGGAAGUGGUGGUAAACGAGGAGAAGCGCUAA